UGCCCGUCGUCGCCGAGCCAUUCCGAGCCGUGACAAGCCGUGCCGACCCGUGCCGUUUCGCCGCAAUGAUGCCUUGCAGGACCCUGCGCAAAUCUGCAGCACCCGCCGCAGAGCGGGACGCGGUGGCGGAGUGCGCGCUGGAGCUGCGCAGGAUCGGCGACAAGGCGGACCUGCGACAGAGGAUCCUGAACCUCAUCGCAAAGCUGUUCUGCCCCAAAACGUGAGCCCCCUACUCUCGGCGGGGCACAGGAAGAGAGGGAAGACCUUGGCUUUGCAGAUCUGGAACGAGAGACUUCGCUUAUACUGGGGGAUGGAGAAAGCUCUUUGCAUCGCGUUUUGCUACCCGGAGCCACCGGAGGAUGGCUGUCGCAACAUGAUUUCUUUGGAUAGUGUUACAGCAUCAUCGGCCUGUGGAUGCCAGGCUGGAAGGAAGCUAGCGCUGGACAGAGCCCCUAGCGCCGGGGGGCCGCGGGGCAGGAUGCAGCCGGGCACAACCUGUCGUGGCAUCCUUCAGUCCCCGCAGCUACGUCUCACCUUCGGGAACAAUCCAAAACCAUGAUAAUAAUUAAAGAAAAGUCAGCAUCCUGGAACGCGGGACCGUCUGUCACGAGGUGAAAGGCAGCGUUCAGGUUCUGACUGUUCUCGUUUCCUAAAGCUCGGAUUCUGCUGGACGGGGGGUGGGCGGGUGUGUGUGGUGGUGGGGAUGUCUCAGUCGUUAAUUAAACCACUAUCUUUAUUGAAAGGUUAUUUGCUGUUAAAAAGUUGUUUCACAGACUAAAAACUACAAUUCUAUGAAUUAACAUGAUGUUGUGUAAUUCUAGUCUAUAUUAUAUAUAUAUGUACAUAUUUAUAUUUAUAUAUAUAUAAUAUAUAUUUAUGCAAAUAUGCGUACCCUGCUUGCACGAAAGGAGUAUUUCACAGAACUAUCAAUUGAAUGCUACUUUUUUACUCUCAAAAAGCAGUAUGGAAAAGUGUUCAAAACAUGACAAAAAUAUAUAUAUCUAUAUUAACUAGAAGAAAACAUAAUGUUUUCUGAUCGUAAAAGAAAUACCCCGUGCAUCGCAGAAGGGAACAUACUUUAGUAUAUCGUUAAAUAUGACGUAUGAAUAGAUAUUAUACAAAUACAGAUAUUGAGGUAUUUGAGUUUAGGGGAAGGAAUUCUUUCAACAUUAUAAAGAAUUUCUUGAGAACAAUACGAUACCACUCUGUAUUUCUAUAAGUAACAAUAUAGCUCUUAGAAAAACAAAAAAAAAGUAGAUCUUAAAGCUGAAUCUGAGUUUUCUUAAGUACAUUAUUUUUUCAAAAAAGGCAGCUAUGUCUCUUUGAAGAAAUAAUCUCAAUAGAACUGAAUGUUACAGUCAGUACAGGAAAGUAUCCUUGGGUUUUUAAAUGUUCAGUGAUACUUACAAGCAGAGGUUCUUCCCCUGUACUUCACUUCCAUUUCAUUUCAUGGUAUCCUCAUCUAAGUUCCGGAACGAUGAAGCUGCUGUAGUACACCCGGUGAAUGGUGAUGCGUUACGCCUAUCUCACUGAGGGGUUCCCCUCAGCUGGCUUUGAAGGAGCUGAACUAAGCAUGCAGCUCGCUCUUGAGGCAAGUGCUAACCCUGCUUGUCUGUUCUUGUCAGACGUGACCCCAAACAGUGUUCUUUCUAGCAAGAAAAUGCUUGUAGCUGGUCACGUUUUGUUACUACCUCUUCAGUCAGUGUUCAGAAGUAUGCAAAAUAACCAUCUCCUUCCGGAGAUGCAGCAUGAAAAGAAACAUGAAGUCAUACUCUCGCUUCUCUUACUAACCUCUGCUUUGGUAUGUACGUUUGCACUGUGUAAGGGUGCAUAGCUGCACCUCCUGAAUUCUGGCUCAAAUUACAGUUCUUCCUGCCUUGUAGCGAUGUCUUGCUUGUAUUUAUAAUGUGUUUUUCAGCUAGCUCUUCUGAACCUGCCUUUGCAAAAUGGUCGUUGCAUAGCUUACAUAGCUUUGCUCGCUGUCACGACCAACCGUGUGUGGCUGUUACUCGCGGACAGUGAUUUCGCUGAGCAGAAGGGGGCUGACUUUGCCUUCUGCUUGGAGGACUUCACCCAGUUUCAUCAGUGUUACUGGGAGCUUUGCAGUUGGCUUGAGCCAGAGGUACAGUUUCUUCCUCCUCUAAGCCAGCCAACACCUUUCUAGUGAGAACGUAAUGUUUCACACAUCGCUGUUACUCACCUUAGUAUCGCAAAGUAGCAUGUUUUGCUGACAUGUACAUAAGUCGGUUUUCCCAGUAUUAAAAAGUAAAUGCAAAGAGUUUUUGUUAAACACCAAUGUCCAGGCAAAGCUGCUCACCAGGGGCAGCCCUGAGCAUGGUGGAAAUAGUGCAGCUGCAAGCCCUUGGCCCAGGCAGCCCUGCAGACUUCAUCGGGGGCACUGCGCCUGUCUGGGCCCCCCAGAAACAUGCAGCAUUAGCAUUCACAGUAGUAGCUGAAAUGUAUUUGGGUAAGAGUGUUCUGUCUAAUGUAUGCUGCUUUGAAAUUUGAUAGAAAAGUAGGUGCAGGGCUCAUAGAGCCUGGCCAAUAAUUUAGGCUGUAGCACACAAAAAUGUUACCCCCCCAAAAAAAAGUAUUGUAUCCCCAUAAAUGCAUUGUCUUGGGGCCAUCUAAGUUAAGUACCAGUGCAGUGUUUUUCUGUCUAGAUCUGCAAGGACUAUUUGUUUUUUGUGAAAAGUUUUCAUGUUUCUCUGAAACUUGUCAAGAGUGCUAGCAUCCGCACUGAGCGCACGAAAAAGACCUAAAUUAAAGUAAUCAAUGCUAGUACAUGAGCAAAUAUAGUUGUCUUCCCUAAGUUUCCUUUUAUUACUUCGCCAAACCAUCUGCUAUUGUAUGAUUAAAAAUAUGAGUUUGUUUUUCUUAAGGCCCAUUCUGGAUACGGGCUGGUUAUUUCACUGUAUGUCCUAUGCAUGUAUGUCUUGAGUUCUUGUUGAGAUAAUAAAUAUGAAAUGCUAGCAAGAAAAAUGAGUCAUUGUUGUAACUUUGUUUUUUUGAG